AUGGCUGAUAUGAACACUGGCUAUUUUAAACAUGAUAUUACAGAGGCUCCUAAAUCUAAAGCAGUCUUCGACUUAUUUUCCCUCAAGGGCAAAACAGCAAUCGUUUCUGGCGCUGGCGCUGGAAUUGGUCUCGCGGCUGAAGCAGGAGCCAAUGUGGCGAUAUGGUACAACUCCAACAAGAAGGCUCUUGAAGAAGCUGCCAAUAUUGAGAAAACGUAUGGCGUUAAGUGCAAGGCUUACCAGGUUAAUGUGGCGACGUGGGAUGCGGUCAAGGAUGCGGUUGACGAAAUAGUUGAGGAAUUUAACGGUAGGCUCGACAUUUUCGUGGCGAAUUCGGGUAUCCCGUGGGAGGAAGGGCCCUUCAUCGACGGCUCUGUCGAGACGAUGCACAAAGUGUUCAAGAUAAAUAUCGACGGCACUUUAUUCUCGGCACGAGCCGCCGCGUUGCAUUGGAGACGGCAGAAGAAGGAGGGAACGACUAUCGACGGCCAGCCGCUAGAAAACUAUAGCUAUGGCAGCUUCAUCGCCACCUCCAGCAUGAGCGCGCACAUCACCAAUAUCCCGCAGCAGCAAACCGUGUACAACACGUCCAAAGCCGCGGUCAACCAGGCCUGCAAGUCGUUGGCCGUUGAGUGGGUUGGCUUCGCGCGUGCCAACACGAUAUCUCCCGGCUACAUCAAGACGGACAUCUCGGCCUUCAUUCCUCCUACGACUAAGAGCCUCUUCAAGAGCUUGAUUCCCAUGGGACGCGAGGGCGAGACUCACGAAUUGAAGGGUGCAUAUCUGUACCUGGCCUCAGACGCAUCUUCGUAUACGACCGGUACCGACAUCAUAGUUGACGGUGGUUACUGUGUGCCAUAG